AUGGAUUCGACACUUCUGAGCUAUACUAUGAUGAGGACAACCUACACGUUGGCAACGGACAAUACAACACACGUUACCCUCCUCACGGGUCCAAGUGAUGGUUGGCUUUACACUUUUCGCCUUCCAGCUUUUCAACCUAUAUCUAAAAUGUUUCCUUUCAAUUCUCAUCCAACCUCCCCAUCCAUUCCAAAUGAGCCAUAUGUAUCCUCAUAUCCCGAUCCCCACCAUGUACCACCUCCACAAACCACGACAAACAACCCUAACCAAAAACAAAAACCUCCUACAUCUAAUCAACAACCUACUCCACAACCUUCCGAUCAACAACCUACCGAUCCUCCUCUCCAAACAUACCAACGUAAACGCCAACCCACUGCUGACUCCCAGCAAACUCCUCAUACAUCAGCCUAUGAAAAUUUCCAACAGUCUACUUCAGCUCACACAGCCUCCUCCGAUACUGCCCCAUCACAACAAACAUCAACCAUCACCACCCGUUCUCGUCCUGCACACUUACGACAACACCCAAAGAAAACCACACAUUUUUCCUUUGAAUCGUUUUCCAUAACCAAAAACUCUCCUACCUCUGAACCCACAUACUUUUCUGUUGCCAACAAAGAUCCCAAAUGGCGUCAGGCCAUGGUUGAGGAGUAUUCGGCCCUUUUGAGGAAUGAUACAUGGACUUUGGUUCCUCCUGUUUCUCGCUCUAAUGUGGUUGACUGUAAAUGGGUUUAUAAAGUAAAACGUGAUCAAACAGGAAACAAUCCCCGUGAAAUUGAUCGUGUUGUUCACAGUUUGAACAAGUAUUUCGCAGUCCAAGAUAUGGGUCCGUUAACAUAUUUCUUGGGUAUCGAGGUUCAACGUCAUGGUCGUGAUAUAUUACUUUCACAACGCAAGUACAUUCUGGAUCUCUUGGAGCAUGCUCGGUUAUCAAAAUCCAAACCUAUUCCAUCUCCUAUUACAACAACGUCCAAUCUUGCUCUUGGUGAUAGCCCUCUUUCGAUGAUCCGGUGCAAUAUCGUCAACAAGUAG